AUGGACAGUGCUGUUCAUUUAGUUCAAGAGUUAGAUGGCGUAAGAAUCAUUGGUAACGAGACUCAUGAACUGCUUCAGCAAGUUCCAGGUUGGUAAAUAUGAUUACGUUGAUUGCGGGCGGUUUCUCCUCCUGGUGAAACCUCGCUAGCAACCAGGAGCAAGGUGAAACGGCUGUAUUAGCAGACUACAAGUGAAAGGUUUCAAAAUGCUCGCAGAUGAAAAACGUGUCUCUUGUUCUCGAUUCAUACAGCUAUCGAAAUAUAGCCAAAAAUAAGAAUCCCUGCUGGUGGCCGGGAUGUCCUUGAGAUUUAUUUCUUCUCUACAGACUUUUGAUACAUUUCCAAAUUACCUUCUGCUAAAACGUGUCAUUACCUGUAGGUGCUUAAACCGAAAUAAACUCUCGAGACUGUUGACUUAAAUCUAUAGCUCAGUGUGGUCUUGCUGUGGCUCAUAUAUGAUUUUUUCAGCUUUAUCCCCGGAAGCAGAUGGGACUGACUCUACAUUCAGUAUUCCCCCCUCCAAAGAAAAUGGGUACCCUGUUGUCACGAGCAAGCAAAAAGCCCUAAACUUUAUUCCAGUCGACUUGUUCAAUCGGUUUACGGUCAAGUCGCCCAAAAUCAGAGUCAUGUCGCCCGAUAUCGUGAGUCAUGUCCCUCGAAAUAAAUAGCGAUAUUUGCGUCUGUGUUUAACUUCACAUUUGCAUAGGUUACCGGACACAGUUGAGUCAACAUUUUUCGACUAAAUUCCUUGCGAUAUACUUCAAAUGUUACUUUUGUUCAAGUUUAUACACUCGAUAAAAUUUUAGGCUACAUGACUUAGGAUUUCAGGCGACAUUACUCUGGUUUCAGGCGAUAUGACUUCGGGCGAGAUGACUUUCUAGCGACUUGACCGGUUACCGUUCAACCAGAACCACUUCUUAUCAGGAAUGUGAACGAUUAUGUCCGAUACUAGAGCAACUAUUCCUAUUCAUCUUUCAGCUGCUGUGGAACAAGUGUUUCAAAUCGGUUCAAUGGAACCAGGUGCGAUGCUGUUUGAUGCAUCAAAGGAAUUUGAGGUAAACAAUGCUUCACUCUCUCUGGGAAAAAGUUGUCUCGGGUAAAAGGCUCAGCCGCCUACCCAAGCCAGUGGCGGAUCUAGGGGAGGGGCCAAGGGGGGCUCGCCCCCACCCCCUUUAUUGUUAGACCGCCACUGCUAGCCACCCUGGGUGAGCCUGUUGUUGGGUGACCUGUUUUCCUUGGUAAGGUCACCAUCCUAGCUGAGCCAACUUUUUCCAUAUAGUAAAAAAUAAUCAACUUUAUUUAUAUAGCGCUAUUUCAGUCCAAAAGCACUGAGGCUUAAAAUAACGUGGGUUGGUAUAGAAUAGGAUUUUUUUACCUGCGAGAUUGCUUUUACUGUAGGUAAUCAAGAAUUUUUUUUCAGUAUCCGGAGUAUGAGGACCGCGCUUUGUAAUUAGUUCGGCGGUCCGCUUUAUUAUCAGCAAUACCACUAUGGUGAAAUAUUACUCAAUUGUUAAAGGACUCAUGUCGAGAAAGAAAACGUACAGCUGCAAAGAAGACCAAUGGGGGAAUGGAAUAUGGAGAGAUUUAACAAAUGAGUUGAUAAAUUAAAUACAAACAAGUUUCAUGCUCUAGCCCUUCGUCAGAACGAAGAAGGGAUAGCACUUGAAAUGUUGCUGCUAUAUGGCUCCGAGGCUUUCUGGUCAUCUUUUCCUUAUUGGGUUUGUUUUUUUUUUGUGCUUAAUUCUCUUCUGGGAAUUUUGAGACAAUUGAGUCGUGAAAAAUUUUCAGUUUUGACCCUAAAGCCUUGGAGUCAUGUUAGAAUUUUAAUAUAUCGAACGUGGGCCAUUGAUCAAUAUAACUUCUUAACUUUCACCAUUCUUCUCUCCAGGGGUUACCAAUAUGCUCGUCUUAUAGGACGUCAACAAAACCUGAAACGCACCGGGUCAGAUCAACACCUGUAACUCACUGAAUAAUUAAAGGUAAGGGAUAGUGCCUCUGGGAAUGAUCUGAUUCGGUUCUGUGGUCCAGGUUUUGCCUACGGCCUUUCUCGUGGCUUCGGCGCUUGUGCCUCCACGAGGAGACCUGCUUACAGCCUGGCUUAAAGCCAGCCUUGACUUCUCGCUGGAGCGAUCUCACCAUAGUAAGUUCGUCGUUUGCAAAUCGGCAAACAAGCCUAUCAUAGCCAUGCCAUAAUAGCCUGUUCACAGGCCCUCUGUUUUCUCUUCAAGGUCCGUCGAGCGCGGGUGAUAAAAUAUAAACCGCAGGGGAUUAUAUUUGAAAAGAACGAAAAGAAAAAUAAAACAACGUCUGUGUACAGGCUAUGCCAUGAUGCAUAAUGUAUCUUUCAAGAUACUCACAUCUUCGUGGCCUGAUUUUUUACCUGUAGCUGUCGGACUAUGA